AUGGAGUCUCCAGCGCAAAAGGGAGUCUACAGCACUCGGUGUUCCCAGGCGGUCACCCAUCCAAGUACUAACCGAGCCCGACGUUGCUUAACUUCAGUGAUCGGACGAGAACUGGUGCUUUCAACGUGGUAUGGCCGUAGACAUUAUAUAGAAAUUUUUCUGACGGGUCUUUCUCGCAAAACAGGGGAAAAUACCAGCAAAAUGGAGUCUCCAGCGCAAAAGGGAGUCUACAGCACUCGGUGUUCCCAGGCGGUCACCCAUCCAAGUACUAAGCGAGCCCGACGUUGCUUAACUUCAAUGAUCGGACGAGAACUGGUGCUUUCAACGUGGUAUGGCCGUAGACAUUAUAUAGAAAUAUUUCUGGCGGGUCUUUCUCGCAAAACAGGGGAAAAUACCAGCAAAAUGGAGUCUACAGCACUCGGUGUUCCCAGGCGGUCACCCAUCCAAGUACUAACCGAGCCCGACGUUGCUUAA